AAUAUCAUUAAUUCCACUUGAACUGAAGCGGCCUCUAGCUAGGCAUUCAGCUCACUUGAUCUCACUGAAUUAUUAACUUGUUAAUUAAUACUGAACCGCAUUUAUUAGACUUAACAUCGAAUGCAUACUUGGACCAAGGGCAUUAUUUCCUUCACUUCCCUUCCCUUCCCAGUUUAUUUUCUUCUUGUUCUUCGUUUGUUGUCCAUGGUUAUAUUUUCUCCCAAUCUUGAUAGCAAACACAAGGAUAAUUCUACUGUUAUUCCCAUUUUCUCCAUCUUUCUACUCUAUUUGGGCUUUUCUGUGUGUCUCGGUGUUAUUUGAAGUCUUAUACCUAGAAAUGGCAAGAGAUGGAAAUUGAGGUGGUUAAGGUGCUUUCCGUCUAUGAAGGGGAAGCUUGGAGCUGUUGGUGUUGUUAUUAUGUUACUUUGAGAAGUCUAAGCUUGAUAUGACUCAAAAGUACACCCUAUCUACCCCUGAGGUUUAGUACUCACUCCCUCUUUUUUACGGGUAUGAAUUUUUAGUUGGUGUUAAGAAAUUGAAUCUGUGGGAUUGUUCUACGUUGAAUUGCUUGAGGCCGUCUAUUGUUCUUGAUUUUUAUUUGAUUGUAUGACGUGUUGCAGCUAUUUGAUUCUAUUUUGUUUGUUGGAAUUGUUCAGUGAUUUUUUUACCCAAGUUUAUUUUCUGCUUCUUUGAAGAUCUGAACCAUAUUGGAGAUGUAAAUAUACAAUGAAUAGACGCAGAACUGAAAAUAGGUGAAAUGCCAGUUUUCAGCAAAAUGAUAAUUACCCUGUUUUAUCAUGUUGUUGAAUGUAAAUUUUAUGAUACCGGUCUUAGAGGGUGAGGCAAUGUAUUCAUGUAUGGCAUGGAGAUGGAACAUUUCAUUUGGCUUUCCCAUUUCUAAUGGUAUAAUUUAGUUUCAGAUAUCAAAGCUCGUUGAGGCAAUGGGGUAAGGUUGCGUACGUCCAACCCCCUUGACCCUUGUUCUUGCGGGAGCCUCUUUGAGGCAAUGGGGUAAUGAUAAUAAUGAUAUCAAAUCCGUAUGUUUAGUAUUUGUUUGGUUAGUUGAACGUUUGAUUUUCUUAUUGUGUUGAAAUUAUACCCCAACUCCAGAUUUGAGGUAAUAUUGCAGGGUUUAUUCCAAUUGUUCUUGCUGAUACUCCGUACUAUAGUUUUGAAAUAUUAAACUUCGUAUUUUCAACUCAUUGCAUAUUUUUAUGGAGACAAAAUGCCACUAUUGCAAUAUCCAGACAUUAUAAAGGCUUUGAUAUUUUUGAGGAAGUUGAAGCGAACCAAGCUGCUGCAAAGAAUGACAAUGCCUCCAUUGAUUUCCAGAUGAUUUUUACAAAAAGGAAGGAUUGACGCCAUGUUCUUUGGCUAAGCUUCCGGAUGAUGUUGAGUUCUUGAACUUGUAUGAUAGAGACAGAGUUGAAUAUGUUGGAUUGGAUGAGGCUGCCAGUAAAUUAGGAGUUGAGAGACGCGGGAUCUAUGAUUUUGUGAAUGUCUUAUAAAGUGUUGGUUUAAGAUUGAUUUUCUUCUAUACUAGUGAUUUUCUUUAAUUAUUUCGCAUAUUUUUGUGGCUCGUCAAAUUAGAUGUGUGAAAUUAAAUUUUUUGAAGGUAUCUAACUAAGACAAUUGGCAUCCACCUAAAAUGUCAUUUUGAGUAAGUAGUUAAAAUAAAGCGCCUUGAGUUUGCAUGUUUUUACCUCAUUAUCAUUGAUGGGUGUUAAUUGGAUUUAGGUACUAUGCGUGGAAGGGGUUUUAAAGGAAUUCCCAAGGCUCUUGCCGCGCUAAAGAAAACUGUAGCAGCAAAGAACGUGCAAUCAGCAAGGAGGACCGCGCGCUGAAGAUUCCGCGCAUGCAGCAGCUUGGCGCCCAACGCGCUUGGUGGCGUUUGGUGCAGGGGUUGGCUAUAAAUUCCCCCUUUGCCGUGCCAUUUUGAAGAGCAAACAAUCUCAUUUUCUUGCUUUUUCUUUCUCAAAGGUCGACUACUCUCCCUUAAUCUUGUUGUUCUUGCCUUGUCCAUCAUGCCUCGUCACACCCGGAGAAAGCUUGCUGAAUGUUCGGCGGUUCGAGCAACUAUGGAGGAUGCUUCGGAUGACGAAGAGACUGCAACGAAUGUGCCGGAGCCGAGCAUGGUACCGCGGAGAGUACCUACCUUUUACGGUAAUGGUUGGCGGCCUUCUGAUCUUGCGUUUCGACUGGAGUUUCAUUUGUCCCAGCGGCCUCGCGCUGGUUUGGCUGACGGGGAGCCGUUGCGCACAUUUUGGAAUCUGAAGGAUCUUUAUGAUGUUUUCCCGGCUGUCUAUGACAACGCGAAGGCUCGGGCGAUCUGGUUGCAGACGAGCCUGGUUGAUUUUUGGCAUGCUUUGGGAGAUGCUCAAGGGAGGAAGGGCGUCAAAGCCCGACUACAGGCCAUGUUGGAGAGGUGGUGGGAUACCACCAACACUUUUCAUAUGGUAUGGGGGGAGAUCACCAUUACCCCUUUCGAGUUUGCUAUGAUCACAGUCCUCCCAUUUUCAGAGAGGAAUGUGACUUUCGAUUCUGAGUUGAAAUGGGAUUCGAACGGUGUCAGGGAGUGGAUUGGCCCUGUUGUUGACUUGAUGACGGAUGACACCCGUGCUCCUGUGACGGUGAUCAUGGAUGGGAUCCGCAGUGCGGACAUAUCUGCGGAGUAGAGGGUUCGACUCUUCCUCUUGGCUCUUGUGAGUAGAGUGAUGGCCACGAGCAGGAGUAGCCGGGUGCUGAUUGGCUUCUUGGAAGCUUUGAGGGAUUCGAGGGCUGUUUCAGGCCUCAACUGGGGUGGCCUGGCAUACAUCCACCCUUUGUAUGAAAUGAAAAACGCCUCCAGGACUUCACCGGAGAGCAAGGCGAGCGUUGCUGCUUUGUGGAGCGUGCUGGAGAUUUGGAUGUACGAGCAUUUUCCGACUUUGGCGUCGGCUCGUACUAGGGUUGCGGCUUACCCGUAUGCUGCCUCUUGGGUAGGAGCGGUGCGCAGGAGGGUGUCUUUGGCGACCUUCCGCAUAGCUUUGCAGGUUUUGCAUGUUGAGGAGGUGGUUUGGCGUCCUUUUGUUGGUGCGCCUAUACCUGUUUCGGCCAUGCUGGCCCACUUCUUUUCUGGACGGCGGGUCUUGCUCCCGGGUGUGUAUCGCCAUAUGUGGUACCUGGGGGAGCGAGUGUCCCUUCAACAUAGUACGAGGGACAGGCUUGUCCCUAAGGACCCACCGGAGACCAUGCUGGCACGAAUUGAAGAUGUCGCCCGACUCUAUUUGGAUGCUGGGGGCGAUGCCGUUUGUAUCCCUUGGGAGAAUUUUGUAGAUAGGAAAGGUAGUCAUGAGGGCCUUUUGGCGAGACUUGCUCCACCUGUACGCUUCGUACUGUCGGAGGAGGAGGUCGACCCCGAGGAUGUUCCCUAUGCUGAUAGGGUCGUCCGCUAUGUUGACUCGGACGGAGAACAGGUGGGGGUGGCUGUUCCUAUAGCUUCUCCUCCACAUCGGAGGUCGUAUGAUGCUGUACCGGAGCAUUAUGCAGCUGCGCCUCGGGCGAGAGUGCGUCGCUGUAUGCUUGUAAUUGAUUCCUUGAAGAGGCAAUGUGCCAAUAUGACCAAGAAACUUACUGGCCGAGACAGAGAGGAGCGCCGUCGAGGUCCCAGAGAUUCCGUUGAAAGGGAGCCCCAGGUGGAGACUUUGGUAGGGUAGGAGGGACCGAGCUUAGGUCUGGGCCUGGGUUCUGGUACUAGUACUUAACAGAGGCAUUCUGAUGCUGUUAAGGGAGCUGCUCCCUUUGCAUAUGCUGAGCCUACCAGGCAAUCCUUUGGAGGUCCGGGCAGUUCGAUGCCUUUUGUGCCUCCCCCUGGUCUUUACUUUGGAGCGAGUAGCUCUCAGCCCUGGAGUGCAGAUUCUUGGGAUUAUUGGCAGGAGAUGGAGCGGAUGCGUCAGACCCAGGCUUUUGAGAUGCAGCCCCAGUUCAUGGCGUUCCCGCCGCCUUAUCACUAUCCUUCCCCUCAGCAGGGAACUCAUCGUCCUCCCGAUACUCUUCGUAUUUCGGAGCAGGAGCCUGCUACCCCUGGGACGGAGCUGGAUCAGGAUCUGGAGCGUUAUAGGAGCCAAAAAAGGAACAAGGAGUCCGUGGUGGACAUUACGGUUGAUGAUGACUCGGACUGAUCCUGCAUGGUAGCGAGUUCCAGCUUGCCUUGGUUGGAUUUUGUAUGGAUUGUUUUUGUAUGGAUUUUGUAGGCUUGUAUUUGAAAUUUGAAUUUUGUAUGGUUGUAUGGUUUUGUACUUGAAUUUUGUAAGGUUUGGAAUUUUUGGAUCUUGUAUGGAUGAAAAUU